AGGAAAAAGGAGUAUUAGUCUCCUAAAGUCAACAAUUCCAUAACUUAUGUCUUCUUCCUUACUCUUCCAUGGCACUUGGUAAACAUUCUUUUUCUCUGCCAAAAACCAUUCAUCCAAUCCAUCUUCUUCCUCAACUCAACAAUGCAAAAUUAUUUACUCCAAUUUCUUUUUUCCAAUUACUGAUUUGAUUCUCUUAAUUCCAGUAUAAGUGGCCAUGAAAUUUCUCACCAAAAAUACAACAAUCAACAAACUUCCUUAUCUCAUCUCUCACCUCACCACCACCUACGAGGCUAUGAACCACCUUUUCAUACACCACAAUUUCAGUCACAAAUUCGCUGGAAAACAUGACACAAAGAGAACCCCAAAAAAAAGAGAAAACCCCUAUUUUUCUCUCUAUCUCCUUUGCUUCGGGUUCCUCACCUACAUUACCACCACCGUCUGCCACUUGUUUGGGCGACGCCAUAACCCCACCUGCCACCGUUGCUCGCCGAACACAUGCGUCACCACCCGCACCCAACCACACCAGCACCCGCACCUCCUUUGCUCUCUCUUCCUCGCAUUCUCCUUCUCGCCCCUCUCUCGUGCCCAGUUGUACCGCACCAGCCCGAAUUGCUCCGUCGUCUCGUUGCGUUGUUGUUGGCCAUCGUCAUCGACCUCCUCGCCAGAGCCGGAGCUCGUUCCCCCUGUCUCACUCUUUGUCGUCCCUGCUCCUAGUAGCAGAGAUGAAAAGGAGUAGAGCGAAGCUUAAUGUUGGACAACAUCAUAUUCCACCUUAUGAGAGACAACGUUUAGAGAGUGUGAGGUUUAACGAAGAAAGAAUGAAAGCAAAAGGGUUUGGUAGUUUGGCAAACAAGUCAUUACUCGACAAAACUCAGGAGAUUCUCAGUGGAUGGAGAGAUGAUGAAAUAUUUUCAUCUGAUGACGAGUACUUCACAUCAGACUAUGAGGGUUAUGACGAGGAGAACGAAACUAAUAAUGAUGCGCGGGAAAAUACUAUGGAGGUGGAAAAAGAGGGAGUGAAGCACCCAUUAUCUCAACCAUUAUCUAUGAGGGAUUUUGUGCAUAAAAAUGGGCAACGGAACCAACAAGCAAAGGAUAACACACAAUCUGAAAAUGUCGAGCAAAACAGGCAAAAAUCUGUGGGGACUGCCCAACCUGCAAAACAGCAAAUGACAAAGGAUACUGCACGCCCUCAAAAGCAACAACCAAAGGGAAAGACACAAGAAAAGGAGUAUUGUAUUCCGGGUCUAUAUCUUCAUUCGCUUGUUUCGGCAAAAGCAGUUAGAAAAUAUGCGACACACCACAAACACAGAAUCUCCUAUUACCGAUGGAAUGACACAUGAAGCAAACUUGGAAAUUCAGAUUCCUUCCACUAUAAUAAGAAAUGAUGAAGUUGAACAUGAAUUGGAGCAACAACCAAUAAAUGAAGAAAUAGAAGUGGAAUCUCAACCAAAUGAAAUAAUAGAGGAAGCUUUUAAGAGUAAAAAGCAACGAGGUCCAACAACGUUAACAAAGGUCCACUCGCGUACAAGCAAGAGAAGAGCGUGAAGCUAUUGUACUGAACUCAAUCGGCCAACCAGUUGGACCAACAAAAGAAGUUGUUGAUGAAUUUAGCCUCUUUUUGGGUACAGUUGCUAGGGAUUCCGAGCUUGCGCCUCUUAACUAUAGAAAAUUCAAACUUUUGUCCACACUUGACAAAAUAUGGGAUUAUGUUUUGGUAUGUUCCUUUCAUCGUUUCUUUUCUAUGUAAGCUCAUUCAUCAAACUAAAAACAUGUAUAUACUACUAAUUGAGCUCAUUCAUUGGACCGAAUACCUUAUAUACUACUAAUUGAGCUCAUUCAUUGUUGGGUUAGGAAAAGUACAUGGUUCCUGAUCAAGGGAAAAAAUGGGUUUUCGAAUCUAUAAAUGCAAGUUGGCGUGGUCAUAAAUGUAGGGUAAAGCAAAAGCACUACUAUGCACAUGAAACUGAUGAGAAAAGGUGGGAAAAUCGUCCAAAAACAGUUUCCGAUUCCCAAUUUAAAGAUCUUUUGGAAUACUGGAAUUGUUCACUAAUCGAG